AUUGUCGUCAUACAGUUUAGAACGAAUUUUAGUUAGAAUCCUGUGUGCUUUGGCUGUUAUAGUUCCUGUGUAAUUUUUAUUGUAAUUUUAACCAUAAUCAUACCGAAGUUGUAAACGGGAAAAAUAAAAGUUGGUGAAAAAGCUUGUAGGUUCGCUAUACAAAUCGUAAUUUUCUAAGUUUGUCGAGUGUAUGCAAAGAGUUGUGAAGUGUCGCAGCUCGUGUCAGUGCUUCAAAGGAUAGAAGAAAGAAAUUUUUCAGUUUUUCUCUUCUCGUUCACAUUUUCUUUACAAUUAAAAUUCUCCAGCCUAGGAGCAAAUUAAAACAAAAACGCACAGACAGAAAGAAAAUCUUUCGCUCAGUUUUCUGACUAUCAAAAUAAAAAUCAAAAGAGAAGAAAAAUAGAAAAAAAGGAAGUGCAGCAAACUAAAUAAAUAAAAAAAAGUAGCAGAAAAAAGGAUAUCACACAACUACACUUGUCUCGCGUUUGUUCCAAAAGCAAAAAAAAAGAACUGAAAACAGGAGAAGAGAAAAAGAACAUAAAAUUGCUGAUACAUAUAUGCUAAGAGCUUUUCAAAAGUGUUGAAUUAUACUCGUUAAAGUCAGCGUAAAAUUACUGUGUAGAGAACAACCGUUUUUUUAAUUUCAAGUAGUGAGCAGCACUUAAAAAAUUAUUCAAUUUUAUUUUCAGUGAAAGCGCACACAUUAAAUUGAUUAAAAGGGAAAAAAACGAAACAUAUAACAAAGAGUUGAAAGCUCAGCAGUUCCGUUUUAAAGGAAGCUUUUUUGAUGUGAAAAUUUAUUUGUGAGUUAAAACAUAAAAAAGAAAGAAAAACCAGGCAAAUUUAAUUUUUUUUAGUGUUUUUGAAACAACUGUAAUCUUUCUAAGUUGUACGUUCAAAAGUAGUGCAGAUUUAUUUCGUAGAAAGAAAGAAAAAAAAUAUUUAAAAUAUAUUUUUGAAUAAAAAAAAGAAAAAUUUAUAAAAAAGAAGCUUUUGUCAAUAACCAAGCAAUUAAAAUGUUAGCCAUGUCAAGCUUAAUGAUGCCAGUUCCAGCAAUGCUUGGAAGUCAACUUAUGCAUAAACCACCAGAGGCAAAAUUGUUGGCUAUUCAUUCGGCUCAUUCUCAGCCGCAGCCGACACCACAACAUAACUAUCAACAGCCAAAUCAUAUGCAGCAACAGCACCAACAGCAGCAACAAUCCAAGCCAGAACACUAUCACAUAUUUGUUGGCGAUCUAUCGCCUGAAAUCGAAACACAAACGUUGAAAGAAGCUUUCCAGCCAUUUGGAGACAUUUCGGAUUGUCGAGUUGUUCGAGAUCCGCAAACAUUGAAGUCGAAGGGAUAUGGAUUUGUGUCAUUUGUCAAGAAAUCUGAAGCUGAAAGCGCUAUAACGGCUAUGAACGGUCAGUUUCUAGGAUGUCGUUCGAUUCGAACAAAUUGGGCUACUCGCAAACCACCAUCUGCUAAAACUGAAGCAAACGUAAAACCAUUAACAUUCGAUGAAGUUUACAACCAAAGCAGCCCAACAAACUGCACCGUUUAUUGCGGUGGAAUUGGCGGAAACUUGGCUGGCGAACUGACAGAAGAAAUAUUGCAGAAAAAGUUCGCACCAUUUGGAACAAUCCAAGAGAUUCGUGUUUUUAAGGACAAAGGUUAUGCGUUUGUUCGUUUCUCGACAAAAGAAGCAGCAACUCAUGCAAUUGUUGCAAUUCACAACUCUGAAAUUAAUCAGCAAACUGUUAAGUGUUCAUGGGGAAAGGAGUCUGGUGACCCAAAUAACGUUCCAGCUGCUAUUGCUGCCGGUCAAGCUUUAAGUCCAACUGGAUUCCCGUUCGGUUAUGGUCAGCAAGUUGGCUAUUGGUAUCCGCAAGCUGCUGCACCGACAGCAUAUUCAGCCACACCAGCUGCACACUUGCAAAGUCAGUGGCAAGGAAUGCAGGGAUAUGCUUACGGACAAUUUGCUGGUUACCAACAAGCUGGUUAUAUGGGAAUGGGUGCAUCAAUGCAAUUACCCGGAGCGGCAGCAUGGGUUCCACAAACACCCGCCCAAUUGACACCUGCUGCAACACCAAACAGUGCAAUGCCUCAAGCAAUUGCAUAUCCAACAAUGCAACAGUUCCAAGUCAGCCCUCAGAUGGCUGAAGAAGAAUGGAUCACUGGACCAGCAGGUCUCUUGGUUUAAAUAUUGAUAUAGCACAUCGUUGUUGAAGCGAAAGAUUCGCAACAUUUAUUAAAAAAAAGUGUUGAGAGCAGAAGAAAUGGAAACGUGUACGUAUGCAAUUUGAUAAACUUUCAUAAAUAUUGGAAAAAAUAAAUUGCAUGAAAUUUUUUUUUCGAAUCAUAAGCAUGAAAAUGGAAAAUUAUGAUUCCACAUGCGAAUGAUGAACAAAUUGUAAAAUAAUGGGAAAAAUUGAUUGAAAUUCAAUUUCUUCUUCACCAAAGAAAAUAAAAAUUAAAAAAUUUGAUCGUAGAAUAGAAGAACUAUAUGAAGGGGAAAGAAUUAGCUAGUAAUUAAAAUUAAUUUGAUGAGGAGAAAGAAGAAAACAAUUAAAAAGUUAUUGCAUCGUAUUUUUAAAUAUUGAUCUUAAGGAUUGUGGAGCAAAGAUUAUUUAUUAAGUGAAAAAUAUUUUGAAUAAGAUGAAAAUCAUCAAAAAGCAAAACCCAGAAACAAAAAAAAAUUAAAAAUAUUAAAAAAAAAUUCAUAAAAUAAAAAAUAUUUUAAAUAAACCGUAGAUAGGAAUUAUACAUUAAAAAGAUGAAUUAAACGAGAUUAAACUGAAGUUAUUGACAAAUUUAACCCAUUAACGAGAGAAGAAAAAAAAAUAAAGAAAAUCAAAGCUUCCGAAAAAAAUGAUAAAACCAAUUUUUAGAGAAAGUAAAGAAUUAAAUUCUAAAAUCUAUAUAUACAUUACUUGAAUAUUAUUUGAUCAAGGAUCAAAAGAAAUCAACGAAACAUAAGAUCAAAACUAAGACUCCCGAUUAUUUUGGUAUCAUUGUCUGAGUUCUUGAUCCCUCGUCAAUCGAAGACCAACUUACAAUAUUUCUGUCAGUCUCAUGCAUUCCCAAUCUCUUAUCAUUUGUCGGAUUAAUAAUAACUACCAGAAAAAAAGGAAAUUAUCAAGAAAACAGAAUAAAUAAUUAUAAAAAGGAAAAAAAGUUUAAAAAUAUUUCGUCAAUUAGCGAUGAUAAAAGAAAUUAAAAUAUUGUGAAGUCUUAAAAAUUAAAAAAGAAACUUUAAUAGCGAUUAAUUGCGAUAAAUCAACACACGAAGGAACAGAAACUUAUUAGGAUCUUAAGAGAAUGGAACACAUUGAGAAUUGCGUAGAUUAGAUAGGUAAGAUAAACGAAUCCACAACUACAUUUUUUUCCCAAAAUGAAAUACUUAUGUAAGAAGAAAAAGUAUAAAAAGAUUAUAUAUAUACAUACAUAUAUAUUAAAAAGCAUAAAAUGACACCAAGAACCCAUUAACUAUUUAAAUUAAAAGCAGAAAUGAAAGUUUUAUAUCCUUUGAGAAAGCGAGUCAACACAUUUAAGACGACAGUUCGCCUCGUCUCAACACGACUUGUGUGUUUACUACAAUAAAUGACGUUGAGCUUUUAAGCAAACAGCGAGGGAUUUGAUGGCUGAAAUCAUACGAGAUAAUCAUUUUUGGCUUCUCUUUCACUCACUUGUGGAGGUGGUAGACGAAUUAUUUAUGAUUUUUGACAACAAAAAUGUUACAGUAGCUUUCUACUUCAAAAUGUUUUCCAUCAACAUUCUAAGUCCCUCUAAUCUUCUUACUCGUCGUCAAUUCAAUCUACAUCUCUCUUUCCUCUUUCGAUAUGUGAUGCUGUGAAGAUAUAAACUCUAGUAAAUGACCACAAAAUGAAAAUGCUUCCCCUCAUUUUAAAACGUAUUUACAUACAUAUACUUAUUGUAUAAUAUUGUAUCAUAAACUUAAACUCCUGUGGAUCACAAAAAAGCUUUGAUGAGUGAGAGAGAGAUAGAAAAUGUUUUUAAUCAUCAAAACCUACUGUUUGCUGAAUCGCUCGCAGCAAUGUUUGUGGUAAACAAUUCUAUUUUGAUAUAACGAAAAUAUCAUGUUGGAGACGAUGAUUGAAAAAGCGAAUGCAGGAGAAAUGUGAAACAAUUUUAAAACAUCUUUUAAAAUAUCAAGGAGGAUUGUGAUGGAUAUAUGAAGCAAAAAAUAAAAAACAUAAUAUAAAUGCGCCCCAUUUUAAAUCUUUAAGGAAGAAAUGAAACCAAAAACCAAAACAAGAACUUAAAUUAGGCAUGUAGUUGAAAUUGUAGUUGAUAGGUUGAGUUAGAAUAGUUUUUAAUUAUUAUAAAGACAUAUUACUCUCCAAAGAAAACACUUUCUCGACAUUAAGUCGCUUUCUUUCCUUUGUUUUUGGCUAAAGAAAAGUGACAUGAAAACUUGAUAAGGAGAAAAAAAAUUCUAUUUAAGAAUGUAAAAAUAAUAUUUUAAGUUCAAACCAUUUUACAUGGGGAUAAUCAAUCAUAAUGUUUCGGUUGUGCUUUUUACACGGAAGAAAAUAAUGAGACAUUUUUAUAGAACUCAAUUUGGAGAAACGAUAAAACUUACAAAAAGAAAAAUUACUAUUUUCUAGUUUUUUUUAUUCUUUAUUUUUUAAUCCGUUGAUAGAAUUGGUAUUUAGUAGUGAAAUUUUAGAAGUAAAAUGACGACUUGAGAAGAAAUGCAAAGAAGAGCCCGUUGUGUAGUUUUCCCUCGUUAAGGAUUUGUACACGUUUACAGUGAAUAGUUAAAGUUCAAUAAGCAAACAACGAAUGUUAUUAAAUUUCGUUCAAGAAGAAAAGCUUUUCCUAAUAAAAAUAAAACUUGUGCAAUAUUCUUGAGAGGAAACUGUAAAUUUAAACCAAAGCACACUUUCAAUCUCUCUAUCUCUCUCUCUUCUCUUUCUCUAACUUUAACUAUCCUCUUUUGACUAGAAAAACUACAUCAAACAGAAGAAAAACGUCUAUUCAUAAAAUAAGCAAUAAGCGACUUAUACAAUCUUCGAAAAAAAAAUAUCUAACAAGAAAUCAGAAAAGAAAAUAAUAAGCAUUGGAUCAAAUCAAGCUCAAGUGAAGUUUUUUGCGUUAAACGAUAUUUUAUGUCUUUUUUUUUCUUCUCUUACCCCCCAAACAACGUUCUUAGCAAUAAUAUCAAAGCAAAUGAAUAGAAUAGAAGAAAUGUCCUUGUUUCUAACUUAAUCACAUAAGAUACUUAAAUAAACCAAAUGAGACAAUUCCGAUAUCUUUCUCGCUCUUUGUUUUAAAGAAAAGAAUACGAGGGAAAUGAAAUAAUUUUUGUUGACUAUCUACAUACUUACUCUAUCGACAGAUAAAAGAAAAAUGCUUCCUUCUGCUAAAAUGUGAUAAUUAUAUCAAAAAGAAAAAAAAGUUAAAGAAGAAUAAAAAACUUUGUUUUCAAUUUUUGGGAAAAUAUUAAAGAAAAUUCUCAAACUAAUUCUAUCAAUCAAAAUUUCUGUCUUCUUCGCGAAGGGAAAAAUGUCAUUUCUUCUUAAAAUUUGUUUCAUUAUCAUGCAGUUUUCAUUAAAAUUUUUAUUAUUAUUUUGUUAAAGGUAAAAGAAAGUUGAGGAUUCAUUAUGAUGAAGUCCUUUGUGGCGUAAAAUAUAACAAAUAAAUAAGAGAUUAAAGAAAAAAAAAAUAAUUUUAAGACAAUGAACAUGAAAAAUAAAAUAAAAAUAAUACACACACAGUUAUAUUUUAUUGACAUGAGGUAAAUAAGAAAAAUAAUAAGAAAUAAGAAGGUAAAAAUGAUGAAUUUUAGUAAUAAAAAUGGAAAAAAUCGUAGGUAGGAUCUUAUACACAUAUUGUAGAAAUAGAAUUAUACAUUCUAUAUUUGAUAUUAAAAGAUAUAUUGAGUGAUAAUUUUAAAUAAUGCCAUAAACGGUGACGAAAGAGAUGAAAAAAUAUUCUAUAAAUGAACAAAUUUUGGAUGAAAACUUUUAAAUAUACAUUUUCCAAAGGAUGCGAUAAUGGCCAUGAAGACGAUGAUGAUGAUGAUGAUGA